AUGAUGAAUUUGGAUUUUGUAUUUUUUAUUUUAUCAAUUUUAUGUGCUGAUAUUGUAGCUCAACAGACGGGAAAUCGAAGUUUGAUUGGUGAGUUUUGGGACAUUUUUUGGAUUUGAUCCAAAUAUAAUUUUCUAAAGCUAAAUCAAUUUUGACUUGAAAAACUUCUAUUUUCAAAAUAAAGUUCAAAAAAUACACAUUUUCAAACAUUUUGUUUAUUUUUUAUGAAAAAAUACGUUUCAAAAUUUAGAUUUCACAGAUUCUUUGAGAUUUGAAAUUUGAUCAUAUCUUGAAAUUUGAUCAUUAAAAAAAUAUUAUUCCAAAAAAUUCGGUUCAAUUUUGAAGUUAAAUCAAUCUCAGAGAUUCGCUGGCCAGCUCGCCACCAGAUCGCUGCGGCCACCUGGAAGCCGCAUGGCCGCCAGGUCGCCUCGAGUUUUCCGGCCAUGUGGCCUGUGUGUUUGAAAUUCUGGAAAGCUGGCAAGACGGUGGUUUGUACUCAAAACACUGCAUUUUCUACUGUUUUUUCACUUCCUAAGGUUUUGAGUGCUGCGAAAAAACAGAAAAUGAGCCAAUUUUUUUCGAAAAUGCCUCAAUUCACAAGUUUUUCAGACAUUUUCAUGAAAAUUCAUUUUGAUGUGGCGAAGUGGCCACCACAUGGUAGCCAUGUGGGCUUGACCUAGCCAGAGCUUGGCCACCUUGCCAGCAAAAAACCGGGCGACAUGGUUUCCAUGUGGUUCCCAGGUCAGCCAGCCUCCCCACCUGGUGGCGAGCUGGCCAGCGAAUCUCUGAGAUUUUCGCUUGAAAAAAAUUUAUUUUGAAAAUCUAGUUCAAAAAUACAAAUUUUCAAACAUUUUAUUUUUUCCUGAAAAAAGUACGUUUCAAAAUUUAGAUUUUCUGAAUUUUAGAAAAUUGAAAAAUGAUCGGGUCUUUUUGUCUCGUUUUCCUAAAAAAAAGUUUGAAUAGAAUUUUUUGAGGUUGGAAAUUUUUCUCUAUAAAAAUAUUGAUUUUCGUUAAAUUUUAUCACCAAAUAUUGAAAAUUCACAAAAUAACCUAACCUAUUUCCAGGACCUCCCAAACUUCUAGUGCAAUCCCCCUCCGAAGUCUGGUUCCAUCUCGACCCAGACACCGAUCAAAAAACAAUUCUGAAUUGCGAAGCCGACUCGAACACUGAAAAAUAUCUGUGGAUUAAAGACGGCGUCGAAAUUCGCGAUCCCAAUUUUCUCCAACCACCCAAAUCCGGCUCAAUUAUUUUCGAGGCUCCAAAAAGAGCCGACGAGGGAUAUUAUCAAUGUUUUGCGUCGAAUAUUUUCGGCACUGCUGUCUCCAACAAAAUUCAUUUGCGACUUGGAUGUGAGUACUUGAAUUCCCAGUCAUCCUGAAAUUAUUUCAUAAUUAUAUGAGCAUGCAUUUUUGGGGGCAAGCAGCUAAUAUGAUAGGAAAGGGGUAGAAUAACAAUUACCAGCUGUUUCUAAUGAAGGGUUGACGGGUUUUAUGGUAAUUAGGCUAAAUUCUAGAAUGUAACUACGGUAUACCCCGCAAAAAACUAAAAAUUGAUGAAAAUAUGGGAAAAAUUGUAUUUUUUGCUAGAACUUUUUUGAAAACGCGUUUCAGAAAAUGGUAAAUAUAUGUCCUGAUUUGUCUCAACGAGAGAAAUCAGAUGGUACAUUUAGAAUUGCUUCAAACCACCUCUAGAAUGCUGAAAAAAUGCUGAAAUAUUUUUGAAAUCUUUCUUGUCUGCAAACACGGCGACGCACAUUUGCACACAUCGCCAACCGUAGUGAUUCGAAAAUAUAUUUUUUUUUCUUUUCAGCCCUCGAUCAUUUCCCAAACAAAUCAAUUCGUGUAGUUCAAGUAACCGAAGGUCAAUCACUCACUUUAUCCUGUAAACCACCAGCUGGAACUCCGCCACCAAAAAUCAUCUGGUUAUAUCGAGAUGCUGAACAAACUUCAGUUAUUCAAACAAUUCGCAGUCGACAUAUCACAGUUGAUACAAAUGGACAAUUGCAUUUCACAGCUGUUGAAUUAUCGGAUGGACGUCCGAAUUUGAUUUAUGAAUGCGCGGCAACUUCGCCGGUUUUACGCGAAGAAUAUCGAUCGGGUGAUCGAAUUCGAUUAGAUGUCAAGAAAUCAAGCGAUAAAUCACAAAGUGUUAAGAAGUUAUUUGUUAGUCCGAGUGAAGUUACAGUUCGAGCUGGAACGCAGAUGAAACUUCAAUGUAUUUUCGGAGGUCGACCAUUUCCAACCAUUUUUUGGUCGAAAGUUGAUGGAGAGUUGCCAGAAUCUAGAAUCGUAGAUCUAACAAGUUUCGAAAGCGAUUUUGGUCGCUCGCUAAUCAUCGAAAAUGUUCAUCCCGAUGAUGCCGGAACCUACGAAUGCCGUGGUCGACAUCUAGUGCACACUGUGAAUGUGAGAGUUAUGGCAGCACCAUUUUGGGAACAUUCACCCCCGAGAGAUUUGGUUUUGCCAGAAGAAGCGACUGGUGAAUUAGAAUGUUUAGCUGGCGGGCAGCCAAGUCCAAUUAUCACCUGGAGUAUGAAUGGAAGAUUUUUACACGGUUUGUGGGAUUUUUUCUGUGUGGUUUCAAUUCCAGUAUGUUCCAGAACUCGCUGAAGAUCCACGUCGCGUUCUCCUUGACAACGGUCGUCUUCUCCGGAUUCGCUACCUGAAUCAUGACAUCGACACGGGUGUCUAUCAAUGUAAUGCAAGUAACCCGUUGGGGUAUAUUUUCGCCAACGCCUAUGUUCACGUCAAAGCGCAUGCUCCAUUUUUCCGUAUGCCUGCCGCGCGCAGCUGGAAAGUUGUUCUACACUCAACGAUUUCCUUGGAUUGUGAUGUUGACGCGGCACCGGAAGCAGUUGUUAGAUGGGUUGAUACGGAUGAUCGACCACUUCAGAUUAUUGAUGGGAAGACUAAGGUUGGUUAUUUUGUUGGGCUGGUUUUUGAUGAGAAAUAUUUUCUUUAUGCGGUGUCUAAAGCAGAAAAAAACGAAAAAUGA